GAAGCACAAAUCACAGACAAGCCCAUCUGCACACGCGCAGCGGCGCUGUUUCGGGGCGUGCAGAAAGGCGCCAAACAAAGUAGCUUAAACCGGAUAAGCGUGAACACGGUUUGUUGUUUUUACCCCCCGACUGCCCCCCCCCCUCUCUCUCCUCAAAUGGAAAUAUUCCCGCUGUCGGAGUGCGCCGUUUAGCCCGUGUGUUGUGGAAAAGAGGGCUCCGGCGUUUUGCAAACACCGCCCCGUGCGUGACCCCCCUCUUCCUCCUCCUCCUCCUCCUCCCCACGACCACCCGGACUCGUUGGCUGUGGAUAUUACGGGAAGUUUUUUUGUUGUUGUUUGUUUGUUUGUUUUUGACGUUUAACUUUCCGGGGGAAACGCGAGACGCUGAACCCCGGUGGGCGAGUGCGGGCUGUGGGUUGGACACGCGGGCUCGAGCAGCGCGGCGUGGCUCCUCGCGCCCGCCGCGACGCUGUUCGGUUCCCCGAAAUGUGAGCCGCUGUGCCGGAGUCAGUACAUGACAAGCCCGCUGUAACCCGUCACUCCACCGUUUAAAAAAAAAAACAAUAUUUCCCCUCUUCCCCCCCCCCCACUCCUCCCCUCGGGUUGGAUAUGCGAAGCAAACUUUUUGAGAAUGAAGAGGAGAAAAUUCCCGUAGCACGUCUCUGUCGUCCGUUCGCAUCGCCGCCGCCGCCGCCGCGCGCGCCCAACGGGACCCGUGUGAGUGUUUCGCUCUGUCCCUCCGAGCCUUCCCUUCCACGUCGCGGAGACGGCACAGUUGACAUGCGUCUGGGAGGGGGGGUGUAAGCGCGGCGAGGCACGGUUGCGAAAUCCCCCGAUUACCGAGCUGAAAGUGAAUGAUUGAAAGAGGCUCCGGGCGCAGGUAAGGAGCCGUAGUCCGCCCGCGCAACCUCCGCUCCGCCGCCGAGCCACUUCGGGGAUUUGUCUUCGAUACUUUUUGCGCGUGUGUGUCUGUGUGUGUGCGGGGAGUCGGCGCCCCAUACCCCCGGAGCCGCUAUGGAGGAGUGGAGACAAUGCGGGCGUUGGUUGAUAGACUGCAAGGUCCUGCCCCAGAACCACCGGGUCGUGUGGCCCUCGGCCGCCGUCUUCGACCUGGCGCAGGCUCUGCGAGACGGGGUGCUGCUGUGCCAGAUGUUGCACAACCUCUCGCCGGGUUCGGUGGACCUGAAGGAGAUCAAUUUCAGACCCCAGAUGUCACAGUUCCUGUGUUUGAAGAACAUCCGGACGUUCCUCAAGGUGUGCCACGACAAGUUUGGCCUGCGCAACAGCGAGCUGUUCGACCCCUUUGACCUCUUCGACGUCAGGGACUUCGGCAAGGUUAUCUCGGCUCUGUCACGGAUCUCCCACCACAGCAUCGCACAAAUCAAAGGCAUCAGGCCCUUUCCGUCAGAGGACACCGCUCUGAAUGAGGAUGAUGUGUACAGGAGCCUUGAAGAGCUGGCAGAUGAGCACGACUUGGGAGAGGAUGAUAUCUACGACUGCGUGCCCUGUGAGGACGAUGGGGACGACAUCUAUGAGGACAUCAUUAAGGUGGAAGUACGACAACCCAUGAUCCGAUACAUGCAGAAAAUGGGUAUGACAGAAGAUGACAAGAGGAAUUGCUGCUUAGUGGAGAUCCAGGAGACUGAAGCAAAGUACUACAAGACCUUGGAGGACAUUGAGAAGAAUUACAUGAUCCCGUUGAAGCAAGUCAUGAGUCCACAGGAAAUGGAGGCCAUCUUUGUCAACCUGGAGGACGUAAUAAAAGUCCACUUUGCCCUCCUGCGAGCCAUUGACCUGAACAUGGUCAGUGGAGGAAGCGGCCUGGGGAAGAUCUUUCUCGACUUCAAGGAAAGGCUGUUGAUCUACGGUCAGUACUGCAGCCACAUGGAGAACGCGCAGAAGACACUGGAUGAGCUAAUAGCGACACGAGAGGACGUCAAGAUUAAAGUGGAGGAGUGUACUAUGAAAGUGCAGGAUGGGAAGUUCAAGCUGCAGGAUCUUCUGGUGGUUCCAAUGCAGAGGGUGCUGAAGUAUCACCUACUACUGAAGGAACUUUUAAGUCAUUCAGUGGACCGACCAGAGAGACAACAACUCAAGGAGGCUCUGGAGGCCAUGCAGGACCUGGCAAUGUACAUCAACGAAGUCAAGAGGGACAACGAGACUCUGAAGAAAAUCAGCGAAUUCCAAAGUUCCAUAGAAAACCUUCAGCAGGUGAAACUGGAGGAGUACGGGAGGCCAAAGAUAGACGGAGAGCUCAAAGUGUCCUCCAUCGUCAACCGGACCAAACAGGACCGGUAUAUAUUCCUGUUUGAUAAAGUGGUCAUUGUCUGCAAGAGGAAAGGCUAUAGCUAUGAGCUCAAAGAGAUUAUCGAGCUGCAGUCGUAUAAAAUGUCCGACGACCCCAUGAACAACAGAGACGUGAAAAAGUCGAGUGGAAAGAUGUGGUCGUACGGUUUCUACCUGAUCCAUCUGCAAGGGAAGCAGGGCUUCCAGUUCUUUUGUAAAACUGAGGAGACAAAGAGGAAGUGGAUGGAGCAGUUUGAAAUGGCCAUGUCCAACAUCAAACCAGAGCGAGCCACGGCCAACCAGCAUAACUUCCAAAUGCACACGUUUGACAAGAACACCAACUGUCGCGCCUGCAAAAUGCUCCUGAGGGGCGUCUUCUAUCAGGGUUACUACUGCUCUCGCUGUGGAACAGGAGCACACAAAGAGUGUCUGGAAGUCAUCACCAUCUGUAAAAUCAAUCCUCAUGACUUGGAACCUGGAAUGUCAUCAGGUCCCAAGAUGGUGGCAGUGAGGAACUACCACGGCACACCAGCACCCAUCGGCAAGACGGCGCUCAGCUUUCAGACAGGAGAGUUUAUCGAGCUUCUGAAGGGAGACCCUGACACCACGUGGUGGGAGGGAAAGCUGAUACAAACACAAAAGAGUGGCUUCUUCCCCAGUUCGUGUGUGAAACCCUGUUUGGACCCGAAGCCCUUUCAGACGUUAUCGAGCCGGCAGUGCUCAAGGGAGUCGGACUACUAUGGAUAUCCUUGGUUCGCGGGGAACAUGGAGCGCCAGCAGGCCGAUAACCUUUUAAAAUCUCACAGCAGCGGGACCUACCUUAUCAGAGAGAGGACAGCCGAGGCGGAGAGGUUCGCCAUCAGCAUCAAAUUUAAUGAUGAAGUAAAACACAUCAAAGUCGUUGAAAAAGACAACUGGAUUCACAUUACUGAAGCCAAGAAGUUUGAGAGUCUUCUGGAGCUGGUGGAGUACUAUCAGGCCCAUUCCCUGAAAGAAAGCUUCAAGUUGUUAGACACCACAUUGCGAUACCCCUACAAAUCAAGAGAGCGCUCUCUAACACGGGCCAGUACACGCUCACCAGCAGCCACCUGCGCCUCCUACAACUUCUCCUUCCUCAGUCCACAGGGCCUCAACUUCUCUUCUCAAAGUUCAGCUCCCUUUUGGUCAGUGUUCACCCCCCGGGUGGUCAGUACGGCCGUUGCCAGGUAUAACUUUGCUGCACGAGACAUGAGAGAGCUGUCACUGCGGGAAGGAGACGUGGUCAAAAUCUACAGCAAGAUCGGUGGAGACCAGGGCUGGUGGAAAGGAGAGGCCAACGGACGAAUUGGAUGGUUUCCCUCAACCUACGUGGAUGAAGAAAGUGUCCAGUAAGGCUUGGAUGUUUGCUGAUUUGCUCGCUUAAAAUCAGGAACCAUCAUCUAUCUGCUGUUCUCAGUGACCAUUAAUCACUCCCUCUCCGGGGAAAAAACACAAGAACAUUUUUGCUGUUGUUUUUGCUGGAUGCUCAUUUUUUAGUGAGUGUUUCUACCAUGUUUCUCUAUCUUCAAUUAUGCAUCAGCUUUGCUCAUGUUUGUACAUUUAUUUUAUGUGGCAGGAUGUCCUUUUCAGUUGAGGUAGAGUAAAAAAAAAAAUGGCUUGCUGUUAGCCUCUGUGUGCUCUGCAGGUGCUUUAAUGAACUGAGGACUCAGAAGACACUGAGCGUGGAUAGCUUGAAAAGGUCGCAGGUCCAUGCGAGAUGAAAUAACUGUACAGUAUAGAUAAUUUAUUGAAUAGAGAUUAUUAUUACUAAUGAUUAUUGUGGGGGAGUUGAUUUUAGCAGCAGCAAGGAAUCCGAUAAGAAAAACAAAAAUAAGAAAGGAAAAAAAAGACAGAUGCUCCGUUUUAUUGUGAGAGAUUUUGCCUUAGUUGUCAUGGUUAUGCCUCGUGGACUGACGCCAGUGGAGGGAAUCGACUUGGUUGACUGGUUUGACUUCUCCAUGUAUGCAUGUGCCCAUGUGCGGCCCACACCAACACACAGACCAAUGUAAAGUAUGGUGCCUUCGAAGAAUGGUCGUUGCUUACUGAACCUCAACAUCAACCAGUAGAGAACACUGCCAUCACCAAAAAUACAGCUUGUCCACAUCCAGAGGACUUCACCAUGAAGAGGAGAGGCACGUGUGCUAACCACGGGGGAUGGCUCGCCUCUCCAGAUCGAGAAAAACCACACAGGGAAGCAUUUAACUUAUUUUUUACUGGUGACUGGACGGACUCGCAGUCGGACGCUUUUAUAGCCAACAACACACACCGUUCACAUGUGAAAGGGAAACACCAUGACAUUCCACAGGACAACCACUUCACACUUUGAAAUCGUGGGUUCAUUGUUUGAUUUUAUUUAAAUGUUUUUGCACAGAAAGAAGUUUUUUUUCAAUUCUGGCAAGAACUGGACCAUUUAUCAUCGAAGCCAAACUGCAACGUUCUAAAUGUCUGCAUGGAAUUAGUUUGUUUUGUACUUUGCCUUAUUUUUUACAGAUUGUCAGGUGACUGGAUCCAAACCCCCCACCCCCACCUCCCGCCGAUGUUAAUCAUUCUUCAUAUAUGUAAUUUGGUGAUGUGCAGGCUGGUCAAAAUUAAACAAUGUAAGAAGACUUUUAAUCUGAUGUCCAAUUUAAUCUGCUAAUUAACUUGAAAUGACCAAAGAGGUCAUUGUUUUCUUUUGUUGGCGGUGCCAGUGUUUACUUCCUGUGAUUAGUCGUCUAAUGCCAUCCAUGCAGAUUAACAGACCACUUUCUGUUCAAGUAAUGCAGGUAAUCAUUUAUUCAUCAAGCCUGGCAUAAUUUGAACUGAACCCUGCAGCCCGAUUGGACGUACAAUGCAAACGCGGAGCCCCUCCUCUGUAGUUGGAUCAGUAAACCUUUCAGAGCAGAAGACGCGGCUGUGUUUACAUCCCACACUUUUGGAGGUGGUGUGUUAUUGCACAGGCCGACCGCACCGGACAUCAACAAGUCACACCACUGGCAAAGCAACAUGAAUACUCAAUGUUAGCUAGAAUGUUGGGGGGAGGGGAUCUAGUCACUGUUUGUGUAGUGGACAAAAUCCCAUUGCAUGUGGCUGUUGAUAUUUGAAUUAGUGUCAAUACGUCCUCAGAAGAAAAAAACAAGCACUUCAUUGUCUAUACUCUUUGGAAUGGUUGAGUAUUUCCAAUUGCAGUCUAUCAUGGAAUAAAUAUUUCUU